UAAUUUUUUUAAUAAUCAUUUAUUGAUUUAACGUGUUCCGAAUAGUGGGCAAUAAUUUGUGUAGUUCUCAAAAUGAAAUUAGCUGUAGUGUUUGGUUUCAUUACAAUUGUGGCGUUAUUUCAAUUUGCUUACGCAGAUGUUAAACUAUUAACGUUAACAGAGAUCGAAAAAAGUUCUGAUUUACAUCUUAAACCACCACAGAAAGAUUCAGUUUUAGGCGAACAAUUAUUACGUUUACCACGAACACACCAUAAGAAGUUUAAAUAUGGUCAUGGUGGAGGUAAUGUUUGUAACCAAUGCGGUGGCAACCAUGGAGGUGGCUAUGGAGGCUACCCGAGCCAUGGAGGAUAUUAUAGUGGUUACCCUGUGGGUGGUGUUUCAGGUAGCUUUUCUCAAUCUUCAUCACAAUCAUCAUCCAGUAGUUUUGGAUAUGGUAAAAAGAAAUGAAAUAUUUAAUAACUGAUCUAAUUUUAAGUGUAAUUAUUUAAUGUUUUUUUAAUAUAUGGAUAAAAUUGUAAUAUAAAGAUUUGUAUUUUUUUUUUUCAAAUAAAAUCCAAACUCCAAUUUAAGACUCAA